AUGGGCUCUAAGAAGAGAGUAGCAAUGGACGCUUCUUCUGAGAUAUCUGGCUCGCUACCAAAGAAGGUGCGUGGAUCUGAGGACACGGCUUCAUCAACUACGGCCUAUACAGAUAGACGUAGAACGGGGAAGCUACAAAUGGUGGAUGUUUAUACGUUGGAAAACGUUGUUAGACAGCUACAAAUGGCCAUGAAGACAAUAGUAAACAUUGCUCCUGGUUCUGAUGAGAUCAAGUCGCUUUCGGACAGUUCCACAGAGGAUCCUGAGAAGGUGGAGAUUCUGGCAACCUACUCUGCAAGUGCCAGGAUGAAGCUGGCGACUCUGUUGAAGGAUGCAAUUGAGAAUGGCAGGCUCAAAGAUUUCUAUGAAGCGAUCACUAGUUAUGACGGAAGUGCUGGUGCUGAAACGUUCCAACUUUCCGAUGUGGAGCUUUCCAGGCAUGAGACUCCAGUCCCCAAGAAAAACGCCAGUCGAACUUCAGGAGGAGAUUAUCCACCUCCGCUGGUUCCCAUAGCAAGUCUGUCACUAUUGGCACGAGUGUUUACCCAUAAAUCGCGAGUGAACAACAAAUUGUCCAAAGAUCUGGCUAGGCAGUUGCACAACGAGAGGCUGGAAUUGACGGGAGAUUCCGUGUUGAACACUUGUAUUACUAUGAUUCUCAAUGAAGAAUUUCCACAGGCCAGUGAAGGCCAAAUCACUGUUUGGCGAUCCAAGCUGGUGUCAAAUGCAAAUCUCGUGAAAUGGGCGCGACUCUAUAAGUUCGACGAGAAGCUCCACAAAGAAACCCAGGAGGCUUCUUUGGAAAAAGGAAAGCAGAAAAUAUUUGCGGAUGUGUUUGAGGCGUAUGUCGGGGCUCUUUCUAUGGAAGCAGGAACGGAUUUGAAGCGUAUCCGUGAUUGGCUGUAUGAUUUGUCGCGACCAAUGCUUGCUUCUUUUGCCAAAGAAGGUCAAGGUCUGUUGUAUGAUCCUCAAGCAAAGGUGACUUUAUACGCUUUGAUAGGCUCUGCGAAAUUGAGUCCUCGUUAUACCAUCCUGGUUGCUGGUGACGGAAAUGACGAUAGUUUUGAAGUUUCAUGUACGAUGGGAGGAGAGGAGUUGGCACGGGCCAAGGGCAGGAGUUAUAAAGAAGCAAGCUCUAAAGCAGCUGCAAAAGCGCUAGAAGACCGUGAGGCGUUGUCAAAGUAUAGUAUGGAGAGAAAGUUAGCGACACGUGAUGAGCAAAAGGUGACGGGAACUGAAAAGCCGGUGGAUAUUGCAUUGGAGGGAUCAGUCGAGGGAACAAAAAAGCAGAAAAAGUCCAAAUCGAAGAAGAAUCCCGAGGAAAAUCAAGCUUGA